AUGGCUAGCAGUCUAAAGUUGAUUUUGUUCCUUAUUUUUUCAAGCUUAAUGUGGACUUAUACUGCUGCUAGGGAUACACUCAAACCAGGUGACACUCUCAAUUCCACAAGUUUCUUAUGUUCUGCAAAGGGGAAGUUCUGUUUGGGUUUCAUUGUGUACGACCAACUGAAUUCCAGCCAGUUGACCGUAUGGAGCACUACACCAAAUAGCCAACUAUGGAUUGCCAGCCGAGACAUGCAUGUUUUAUACCCGACAGGAGUUCUUACCUUGGACAAGAACAAAACAUUGAAAAUUAUGGACCAAGGAGGAACUAGGUUGGAGCUUUGCUCUGCUCCGAAAAGAACUAGAAAUGUUGUGGCUACUCUUCUAGAUUCUGGCAAUUUUAUCCUACAAGAAGUGAACUCUGUCGAUGGAUCGACCACUCAGGUUUUCUGGCAAAGUUUUGAUUAUCCAACAGACACCCUUAUGCCAGGCAUGAAAUUAGGUGUUAACCAUAGAAAUGGUCAUGUUUGGUCACUAGCUUCAUGGUCAAGUAAUUACAACCUAGAGCCAGGGCCUUUCACCCUUGAAUGGGAUGCCAAAGGGCGUGAACUGAAGAUUAAGAGACGUGGGGUGGUUUAUUGGACUAGUGGAGCCUUUACGAGUAAGAGGUUUAAGCUGAUCAUGAUGAGGUAUAAUGUUAGCAUUGUUUCAAACGAAAAUGAAGACUACUUCACUUACACUGCUUUAAACCAAAGUUCUCCAUCACAAUGGUUGCUUACCUCAACUGGGCGACUAUAUGACUUUGGAGGAUUUGAUAUUGCAAGGGCAGAUAAUUGUUAUGGCUAUAACACUGAUGGAGGGUGCCAGAGGUGGGCGGAGAAGCCAACUUGUAGGCAUGUUGGUGAUACAUUUGAGCUAAAAAGUGGUUUCUUUAGACUAACCAGCUCUAAUUCAACAUUCCUGAAUGAUUCGGAUACAAGUCUUAGUAUUAGUGAUUGCAAGGAUUCUUGUUGGAAAAAUUGUGAGUGCCUUGGGUUCAACUUUCUGUUUGAUAUUGAUCAGACUGGAUGCCAAUUUUGGACUGGAAUGAACUGGGAGUUCAUUCAAGACUUUAAUGGUGAUUCUACAUUGAGUUUUUACUUGUUAAAAAAGUCACCUCUCAAUCAUGGUAAAGACAAGGGGAUAUGGAUUGGCAUUGGCAUCGCCGCUGCUGCUCUGCUGCUAAUGGUACUCUGCAUCGUCUGCUAUCUACUAAGAAGAAGAAAAUUUACACUUUCAGGGGAGAACGAGACAAAGAUCAUUGAGAAUGAAUUGCUUGACUUAAUGAAAUCUGAUAGACCUACUGAUGCCAAUGCACUUCAAAAUGAUGGAACGAUGCGACAUGAUUUAAGCAUGUUUAGCUAUGCAUCUGUCAUGGCUGCUACAUGCAACUUCUCCCCAGAAAACAAGCUUGGACAAGGGGGUUUUGGGCCUGUUUAUAAGGGAAAAUUGCUGACGGGACAAGAAAUCACUGUGAAGAGGCUUUCAAAAUGUUCAGGGCAAGGAACGCUGGAGUUUAAGAAUGAAUUGAUACUCAUAUAUGAACUCCAACAUAAAAACCUUGUCAAACUUUUUGGAUUCUGCAUUCAUGGCGAAGAGAGGAUGCUAAUAUACGAGUAUAUGCCAAACAAAAGUUUGGACUACUUUCUGUUCGAUUCAACAAGAGUCAUGCUACUAGAUUGGAAGAAGCGCUUUAGUAUAAUUGAAGGAAUUGCUCAAGGAUUGCUUUACUUGCACAAGUACUCAAGAGUGAGAGUAAUUCAUAGAGAUUUAAAAGCUAGUAACAUACUACUUGAUGAAAACAUGAACCCCAAAAUUUCUGAUUUUGGUAUGGCAAGGAUUUUCAAGCAUAAUGAACUGGAAGCAAAUACUAAUAGGGUUGUUGGAACAUAUGGUUACAUGUCUCCUGAGUACGCCAUGGAGGGCAUCUUUUCCAUAAAGUCUGAUGUUUAUAGUUUUGGAGUGUUAAUGCUUGAAAUCAUAAGUGGUAGGAGAAACAAUAGCUUCUACAAUGCUGAUCGCCUGCUCAAUAUAGUAGGAUAUGCAUGGGAAUUAUGGAAGGAAGGCACAAUGCUAGAACUAAUGGAUCCAACAGUAGGUGAUUCAUGUAUUAAAGAUCAAUUCUUAAGAUGCAUCCAUGUUGGCCUGCUAUGCGUGGAAGAAAAUGCAUCUGAUCGGCCGACCAUGUCGAAUGUCAUAUCUAUGUUAACAAAUGAAAGCAUGCCAUCUGCAUUACCUACAAGCCAGCAUUUUUUACAGGAAGAAAUGUGGUUGAAGCUAGUAUAA